GAAAAAUCUCACAAAUAUUGCUUUAAUGUUUAUUGACAUUGGAGACAAAGCUGGAGAAGUACUUGCUGCUCAGGCACACAUAUGGAACCAUACAUUCAACUACAUCAACUCCAUGUCACUAAAAUGUGCAAUUCAACUUGGAAUUCCAGAUAUCAUCCACAGUCAUGGCCGAGCCAUGACCCUCUCCGAAUUGGUGAAUGCCCUCCCAAUCAACAAGGCUAAAGGCCAAGAUUAUGUUUACCGUCUCAUGCGUAUUUUAACUCAUGCAGGUUUCUUUAUUCAAGCCAAGGUUAAUAAUGAAAACGAAGAGUGCUAUUUGCUCUCUUCGUCUUCGUAUCUCCUCCUCAAAGAUGAGCCUAUGAACAUGAUACCUUUUCUGCAAGCACAACUCGAUCCAAUUUUAAUGGAUCCGUUUCACAGUCUUAGCCAAUGGUUUAAGAAUGGUGACUCUACUCCAUUUGCAACCUUUAAUGGCAAGCCGCUCUUUGAAUGUGCCGAGAAGGAACGCCGGCUUAACCGUCUAUUUAACGAAGCUAUGUCUAGCGAUGCCCGAUUGAUUAUAAGUAUAAUGAUUGAACAUUGUAAGGGAGUUUUUGAAGGAUUGAAAUCAAUUGUGGAUGUAGGAGGAGGCACUGGAACCGUAGCUAAAGCUAUUGCUGACAAAUUUCCAAAAAUAAAUUGCAUUGUGUUUGAUCUGCCGCAUGUAAUUGAAGGCUAUGAAGGGAGCGAGAACCUGAGCUAUGUGAGAGGAGACAUGUUUAAGUCCAUUCCUUCUGCCGAUGCAAUUUUACUUAAGCAUUGGAUAUUACAUGAUUGGAGCGAUGAAGAAUGUAUCCAAAUAUUGAAGAAAUGUAAAGAAGCAAUUCCAAGUAAGGAGAAUGGAGGAAAGUUCAUUAUUGACAUGGUGUUGGAUAAUCAGAAAGGAGACCAAAAAACAUAUGAAACCCAACUUUUCUGGGACAUGCUAAUGAUGGGUCACACUUCCGGAAAGGAAAGAACUCAACAGGAUUGGGCAAAACUCUUCUCCAAUGCUGGUUUUAGUGACUACAAGAUUAUUCCUAAUCUAGGGUUGAGGUCUAUUAUUGAGGUUUACCCUUAAUCUACUCUUGUCACCAGAAUUUCAAAUAAUACAAGACUUGCUAAGCCGUGUGAAGUAGUACAAGUUUUGGAAGUCAACGAUAUGGUAACUUGCUACAUAUAAUAAAUGUCAGUGAUCCAGCGAAUGUUCAUUGUUUCUGUUCA